CGCACUGUAACGCGCAUCAGUGCGCAGAGGGCGCGCGUCAGUGUCGAGACUCCGGGUGAAGAAUAACGGGACAAUAUAAAGACAUACUCAAGUUUUGACGUCGUUAUUGAAUUUAUUUCUUAGCGGCUGGGUUUAAUCUGUCCUUAUGGAGGUGAAAACUAUCUUACUUCUGACUUUAGCUGCACAUACAUGCGUUGCAGCCAUCUUUAACGAUGGCUCAGAAGACAGUUUAACUAAUAUAACAGCUAGUAAUGGGUCAUCUCCCUCUGAACCUCUACCAGGGCCCAAUGGACGCGGCUUCUCUGUUAAAAUUGUCUAUGGCACCCAGACCGAUGAGCCAAUAGACUACAAUGAUUCUUUAGAACUUCCUACAAAGCCCCGACAAGGAAGACGCCAUUCAGUCAAGGCUGUUACAGAAGUGCCUAAAGAAAAUUAUGUUAGACUUUCGUGCAACAGCACUGAUCCAGGUGAAGUGAAAUGUAACCGGACUAAACCACUCGUUAAGAAAUAUAUUAUCUCACACGAAGCUGUGCUUUUCCUCAAAAGCCUGCUGGUCACACGUCUCAUGCCCUCUUUCUACAUCCUCCUCUUCCUCAUUAGUUUGCCUCUAAACGCAUUGGCCCUGGUGACGUUCACCUGUAAGAUUAAAGAAAAGAAACCGCCUGUGAUCUACAUGUCAAACCUGGCGUGUGUGGAUCUGCUCUUCACCCUGCUGCUUCCUCUGAAGAUCCACUAUCAUCUGAACGGAUCUGAUUGGGUGUUUGGUGAGGUGGCGUGUCGCGUGCUAAGCGCUGCUUUCUACUGCUACAUGUACUGCUCCAUACUGCUGAUGAUGUGCAUGAGUGUGGACCGACUGCUGGCUGUGGUUCUCCCUUUUGCCUCUCUGACCUGGAGAAACUCGAGAAAUUGUGCUUACAUUUGUGCGCUGGUCUGGUUGAUGGCAAUUGCUGGCACAGUGCCCAUUCUCUCUAUAAGGCAAACAUUCAAGAUCGAAAAUGUGGGCAUCACCUGUCAUGAAGCAUUGCUCCAUGAAGACCACGUAGAGCAGACAUACAUGAACCUGUUCUCCAUUCUGUCCUGCGUGUACUUCUUUCUGCCGCUGGUCAUCACUUUGGCGUGUUAUUCUAGUAUUAUAUAUGUGCUUAGAGUCAAAUCUGGUCAAUUAGCAACAUCAUCAUCAUCCUCAGAUAAACUAAAGAAAGCCGUGAUUAUGACUAUUGCCACAAUGACAGAAUUUGUGUUUUGCUUUGCACCAGCCAAUGCAAUCCUGUUGUAUCACUGUGUUGUUUUGGCCACAGGUGGGAUCACCGGAGAGGGAAACGCAUCAUAUAUGGCUUACAUGUUAGCUGUGUGUGCAGGAAGCUCAAGUGUUUUUCUGGAUCCUCUGCUGUAUUACUAUGGGUCGUCUCAGUGCAAAAAGAAAAUCAAAUCUGUAUUUUGGUGGAAGAAAGCAAAAGCCACAUUAUCAAACUCAGACAGUCUGACAAAAUGCUCUCACAUGAGCUGCGAGUACAGUCAAGCUCGCAUUACAGUGUUUGGAAAUAAAGCUAAUGACAUGCUGGGAAAAUAAUUUACUUAAAAAAAAAAAAAAAACUACAACCUUUUAUUUGUACUGGCAUACAUUGUGCAAUGAGAAAAAACUACUGUAGAUGAAUGGGUUUAAUUUUUAAAUUUGAACUUAAUUUGAAUUGAUCCAGUAGGAUGCAAUGUAGAAUUAAUGUCAACUCAUGCAUUAGAUUAUUUUGGUAUUUUUUAUUUUAUAUUUUAUUUAUUACAUUAUUUACAUGAACCAUUAUGGAGAAAUACACAAUUUCCACACAGAAUACACAGAAUUCUGUAAUUUAUGAAGUGCUGAAAAAUAUAACGCAAAAUAACUAAAUCUUUCCCCGUGUUAUUUCAUCAAUUAAGAGAAAACAUUUGCAUAAAAAAGUGUUCCUGAUAAAGGUUUUAUGUUAAUCUGUAAUACUGAUAUUAUCCAGUAGAUGGCGCACUUACCCAAUGUUUAAAAAACUGAAGCAAAAAAUAUUUACUCAUUUUAAACUGUCUAUGUUUUGAUAAUUGUUCUGUUCUGAAAAUUCAGUCACAAAAAUGCAAUUAUUUCAGCCUUUUUGCAAAAAUAUUUUAUAUAUUUUGUAAGAAAAAAUUGUGAUAUUUAAGAGUUUAUAAGCAGAGACAAAAAUGUGUUUUUGUUUGCUUGAAAGCAAAGGGUCUUUUCUUUUAUUUCAUAUAUUUGUAUGUUUAUAUAUUUUUAGAAUAUUUUUUUCCUUGAAGGGAUUUUGUGAAACUUAAAAAAAAAAUAACAAAAAAUGCUGGAGGGCUCUUUAAAAAAGGCUGGCGGGGAAUAACAGAAACAUUUGAGAUUUUCAUUGCAUGUUUUUGCAUGUUGAGAAAUGCUUUAUAUAUAUACUGUACAUAUUUAUGUUAUGAGCUAAUAAGCAACUGUAUCUAACUUUUAAAUAUGUUCUCAUGGUUAUUAAAUAAUAAAUAAAUGUGAGUAAAUAUGA